AUGGAGCCCGAACCCGCCACCCCGCGUGCCCCGGCACCCCCGACGACAUACGACGCACGAUCGUUGUCUGACCACACCCUCGACGAUGGCUUUUACAGCGCGUCGGUGGCGGCGGCGACCUCGCAGCCAGAAGCUGCAACGGAACCGAUGACGAGCCUCCCGCGUGUGCAGACAUUACCACGGAUCCCGGAGACGUCCGCGCAAAAACAAGGAUACCCACCAGGCGCGGCCUACGGUGGUCUCCCAGCGCAGUCCUACCGCCCAGAAGCGCUACAGGCGUCGCGGGUGGGUAGUGGCUCGUCGAUGGUUAUGCCAUCGUCGCGCCCAAAUACCAUCAAGUGGAUUGGUCUGGACGAUCUGGAGUCGUCCUGGAAACUGGCCCUAUCGAUCUACGAAGAUGCCAAGGCCCGGAGCAACCAAGACGGCAUGAACAAAAUGAUUGACGAUCUCACGAGUGCAUGUGGCCACCCGAUGUAG